UUAAUUACUAUUAUCAUUCUUUCUCACUACCAUUCAUUACCCUCUACCACCACCAACCAUGACGAUCAUGGGGACCAACGACUACUACGACGUGCUUGGCAUCACUCGCAAUGCCUCUCUGGAUAAUAUCAAGGAUGCGUUCCGAGAACUUUCCUUGCGCUAUCACCCAGAUCGACAGCCGGGGGACACCGUCGCCCUCCAGAUGUUCUACGAGGUCUGCGAGGCGUACGAUGUGCUGAGCGACCCUCAGCGCAAGGCUUAUUACGAUCAGUACGGCGAAGAAGGGUUGAAGAUUGGCAUAAAAGACGAGUAUGCCACAGUGGUGGGGGGGGUUUACCAAUGGCAAGACGAGAGGGCUUUCGACAUUUUCAUCGAAUUUUUCGGCACUAAUAAUCCGUUCCAAGCGCUGCUUGAUCGCUCGAUUGCCUUCGAUCGCUUGGCCAGGAAGAAGCCGCCGAAAGUGGGGAAGACUCUGAGUUACUUCUUCGAAUGUUCAUUGGAGGAGAUAUUCCAUGGCUGCGUGAAGAAGAUCAAGCAUUUGAAGAAAAUCACGAGGCGUGAACGACAACAACACCUAGGUGGAGGAGGAGGAGGAGGAGGAGGAGGAGGAGGAGGAGGAGAGAGAGAAGACGAAGAAGGGGAAAGAAUGGUCGUCGAGGAACAGCUGUUGACUUUGACUGUGAAGGUUCAACCAGGAGCCAGAUCGGGAACGAGAUUCGUGUUCCAGCAUGCAGGGGAUGAGGACCCGUACACUGAAGCUGGGCAGGUGAUUUACGUGAUGAGAGAGAAGCGACAUGAGAUUUUCAAGAGAGAGGGGGACGACCUCGUGUACACGGCCACGAUCCCGAUGCACAAGGCGUUGGGCGGGACCACUGUCGAGAUCGCGACACUGGAUAACAGAGUGCUAAGCAUUUUGGCACCGGGAAUCAUUCAGCCGGGGCACACGAAGGUGAUAAAAGGGGAGGGCAUGCCCGUCUACGAUCCCGACUUCAACGCCACGGGAAGCGUGCAAACACACAAGCUGAAGAGAGGGGACAUGAAGGUGGUGUUCGAUUUACUGUUCCCAGGGCACCUGAAUGACACACAAAAAAUGCUGCUGAAAGCGGCGUUCUAUUUCCCGCAAAAUCCAACUGCAUCGCAGAAGGAAGCAGUGAAGGCGUACCUGGAUGCCUACAAGGACGAGUUCUUUGGCUGGGCUCAUGGAAUACCUAGAACCAAUGGUCUCGAGACUGAAACAUCCUAAUCUCUCUCUCUCUCUCUCUCUCUCUCUCUCUCACACACACACACACACACACACACACACACACACAAAGAGGCAGAAUACUCUCUCUCUCUCUCUCUCUCUCUCUCUCUCUCUCUCUCUCUCUCUCUCUCUCUCUCUCUCUCUCUCUCUCGCUAGGCAAGCAUUGUCUUGAAAUCUUCGUAGUCUACAUAGCCUGUUCCAUCUUUAUCGAUCUCGCGGAUGAGCUGAUCUAUGUCAAUCGUAAGACCAAACUCCUUGACCAUGUUCUUUAGCUUUUCGGUGGAUAUGACACCAGAUUUAUCAGGAGAUCCUCCCAAUGCGACAAACGCUUCGAUCGUGUCUGUCUCGUCAUCCAUCGCUGCCACUUUUUUCUUCUGAUCUUCGAUGAUCAUCAGGAACUCCGAGAACCCGAUUCCUCCUCGGCUGUCUUCCGUUUGCACCUGGCUUACCAUCAUGAACAACUCUUCAUCUGUCGGAUUCUGUCCCAGAGCCUGCAAGGCUAGCUUCAACUCCGUGAUUCCGAUAUAACCGCUCGUCUCCUUGUCGAAGCGAACAAAUGCUUCUCUACAUG